UGAACUUUUAAUUCCACGUUUGUGUUUUCCUGUAGGCAAAUGCCAGCAAUUUAAAGAAUUUCCUUUCAGCUGUGAGACUGGCUCACCACGGGACCGACAUAGGAGCUCUCCCGCUCUCAGCUUUGGUACCUGCAAAGACCUCAGAAGUUGAAAAACCGAAGACAAAAAUGAUCAUAACUUCAAGAAGGGACUAUCCUCUCACCAAAAACUUUCCUUACUCCCUCGAACAUCUCCAAGCCUCCUACUGCAAACUUGCUCGGAUCGACACGCGUGUGCUUUGCUUGAAGAAACUCCGAAAACUAGACCUAAGCCAUAACCAUAUUAAGCAGCUGCCAGCUACUAUUGGUGACCUGAUCUGUCUUCAGGAGCUUAAUUUGCACGACAAUCACCUGGAGUCGUUCAGUGGGGCUCUGUGCAGCUCCACCCUUCAGAAAUCUCUGCAGUUCUUGGACCUCAGCCAAAACAAAAUUAAAGCACUUCCAAUUCAGUUUUGCCAGCUGCGAGAACUCGUUAAUUUAAAGCUCGAUGACAAUGAGUUGAUUAGGUUGCCAUUCAAGAUUGGCCAGUUAGAUCACCUACGCUUUCUGUCAGCAGCACGAAACAAACUUCCGUUCCUGCCCAGUGAUUUUAGGAAACUCUGUCUUGAGAACUUGGAUCUCUUUGGAAAUCCUUUUGAACAGCCUAAUCCGCUUGUUCCCAACAUACAACUGAAAAUACCAUUGACUUUAUUAGAGUGUGCUGCAAGAGCAACUGUAAAUUACAGAAUCCCUUAUGGUUGUCAUCUCCUUCCUUCUCACCUUUGUGAAGAUCUGGAAGUGGCUAAAACAUGCCAGUGCGGAAGUGCCUGUCUGAGCAGCUUCAUUCAGAUCACGGUGACCAUGAAUCUCCAUCACGUAGCUCACACCGUGGUCCUCGUGGAUAACAUGGGAGGUACGGAGGCACCCAUCAUCUGCUACUUCUGUUCUCUAGACUGCUAUUCCCAGUUCCUGGAUAGGUACCUGCAGAGUAACGGGUGACGGUUACCGGGUGCAAAAGCUCUGCCUGAAGUUUUGUCCAGUGGCGGAAGAGCCUGAAAUUGUUUUCUGCUUGUUACCCACAGCGUGCUGGCAUAGGGCCUUUGCUGCCGGCAGCAAACGUCAGUCUUGCAGUGAGGGGGCACUGCCGGCCUUAUCCCGUGGGCCUGGCUCUGUUCCUCCACCACUAGAAUCUCUCUUUGGUUGGAAUAAAAAGCGAUGUUUAGCUUGAAUGAAUCUUCCUUAGAAUGUAUUUUGCUUUCUUCUUCCUGUUACUAUGACUUUGUUGGGAGUAUUGUGACAGUUUUCUUUGUUUCGUGGCGUAAGUGGUCUCUUCUUGCUAGGAGAAGGAAGGUGAGCGUGUAUCAAAUUGCUUUGCUGACACUUGAGGCUCUGAACUCUGCCUACAGAAGACAACUGCGUUGACUUUUAUCACUGGACUGGACUCUUCCUGGUUUGUUUACUGUAGAGCAACUUGGUAGGCUGCUAUGAGAAGAAAUUACAGUGUGAGCAGUUCAAAACUGGUCAUGUAACUCCAGGUGCUUCUUUUUAAAAAGUUCUGUUACAGCAUUCUCACAUCAAGCAGGGACCAGCAUUGCUGGUUUGGUUUUU